AUGACGGCGAUCUACAUCAAGAACCGCCUGCCUUCACCCAAGAUCGACCACAAGACUCCGUUCGAAAUCGUGUACAAGUCGAAACCAAGUGUCAAGCACAUGCGCGUGUUUGGAUGUCGAGCGUUUAUCCUGACACCAAGGGAGAAGCGAUUGAAGUGGGACCCGAAGGCUCGUGAAGGGAUUUUCAUGGGCUACGAAGAAGCGUCAAAAGCUUAUCGAGUGUACGACAUUGAGGCGGGCCAAGUGGCGAUCAGUCGUGACAUCACCUUCGACGAAUCGACUUUUGACUUUUCGAUGGACCGACCAAGUGACGAUGAUGAAGAUGCGGAGUUGGACCUCGACCUCCUGGCGAUCAACGAGGACGACGUGCGUCAAACCGUCUACAAGCAGACUGGCAAGCGCAAGAGUGAAGCAAGACCCGGCAUGUCACGUUCAGCUCGCCCUCGAACUGGGUUGGAACAAGCAAGUGCGCCGGAACACGUCUCCAACCGUCACCAGAAACGACGAUCAAGUGCUCCAGAAACGAUGUCUGAUGACGAAGAAGAUGCAAGCUGUUGA